AUGUCACUCAAUCUUAGCAAAUACGCGUCUACCCUUCGCAUUGCAGGAAGGCGCUACCCCGCAUUGAGGGCUACCCCAUGUCGAAGUGUAUCUGAAUUCAGCCAUGCUCGAGGUUUUGCCAGCAGUCCGACAUGGCGAAUACGGACGAAAGAGAUGAAUGAUGAGCAUUUGCAGGAUCUGAAAGUCAAUCAGGGUCGUCUGAUGCAAGACAUCCACUAUACUUGCCAAUGGGGCCCUGGUGAACGUUGGGGAGAGGCUCCUACUGAGACUGGCAUGUCCCGCUUAGCCCUCUCUGAUGCUGACAAGGCUGCACGUGACUGGUUUGUUUCAACGACAGAAGCUUUGGGCUGCAAGGUCACUGUGGACGCAAUGGGAAACACGUUUGCCGUUAGACCUGGGCUUCGGAAUGAUAAACCUCCGACAUAUGUCGGCAGUCAUCUAGACACACAACCUACUGGUGGCCGAUAUGAUGGGAUCCUAGGUGUCACGGCAGGUGUAGAGAUGCUAAGAGUGCUCGCCGACAAUUGGACCGAAACCGAGUAUCCUGUUGGUGUAGUGAACUGGACGAAUGAGGAAGGUGCCAGAUUCCCAAAGUCUAUGGUUUCAUCCGGCGUUUGGGCUGGUGAUAUUCCAGUAGAGACGGCACACAACCUGCGCGAAGUACAUCCUGGCACAGCAACCAUGGCCGAAGAGCUGAAGAGGAUAGGAUACUUGGGUGAAACGCCAGCAAGCCAUGAAGCCAUACCCAUGGCCGCACAUUUCGAAUUGCACAUCGAGCAAGGCCCAUUACUGGAAAUGUCCAACAAGAAGAUUGGCGUUGUCACUGGCGUCCAAGCGUACAAAUGGUUCACGAUCAACGUCAAGGGACGUGAUACGCACACCGGUACCACGGACCUAAAGUCUCGUGCAGAUGCUCUCCUCACAGCAUCAAAAAUGAUCUUGCACUCGCAUCGCCUUGCAACCGCGAACCACGCUCUCGCAUCUACCGGCAUUCUACACCUGAAACCCGGCUCCACAAACACCGUACCUGGCUCAGUAUCUUUCAGUCUCGACAUCCGCUCACCCAAGGACGAAACCGUAGCACUCAUGACCGAACUUAUCCAAAGGGACUUCCCGAAGAUUGCCGCUGGCGAAGAUGUUCUAGACUCCAACCUCGGUUGUACACCUGGACUCCCUCUCUCAGUCGAGAUUGUCGAAGACUUCUCUUCGCCCGCAACAAACUUCCACACCGACUGCAUCACGUCCGUUAGGCAAUCUGCAUACAACAUCCUAGGUCCCAACAGCCACAAUUUAGUCAUGGAAAUGACAUCUGGCGCGGGCCAUGACAGCGUGUAUGCUAGCAAGCGCUGUCCCACGAGCAUGAUCUUUGUCCCGUGUAGGGAGGGUGUGAGCCACAACCCCAGAGAGUUCUGCAAGGAGGAGGAUUGUGCUCUAGGCGCGCAGGUGCUGUUGCAAAGUGUAGUCCGAUUCGAUCGAAUGAGGGACGAGAGGAGGGUUAGUUGGAAGCAGGAACCUUAUACAUUAUAAAUUGACGUACGGGGAAUAAGCACUAGACAAUUCUACCGCUUCCGCUUCAUGGUUACUACCCUCCCAUCGAUCGAACUGAUCCUGAAUCCCCUCCUCGGUACCGGAAUGCCAUUGAACGCAUCUAGGUUCUGCCAUCGCAGCAAUGUAUCCGCGAGAUUGACCUGCGGGGUAGCAAAGUCCACAUGGUAUCCCAGACGAGCUUCUUCAUCCCCGACCCCCGGCUCCAACACGCUCUUCGGCUCAAACAUCCCAGCCCGACCUGCGUCGUAAAUCCUCAGCCAGAUCUUCGUCCUUGCGUCAUCGACGAGAAACACGUCUGCGCUAUCAGCCCACUCGCGCGACAUGACGAAGGUGUACUUGUCUGCACUACCUCGGUUGGUAACACUCUGCCUAACAUGGUCAACUCUCUUGCGCGCGAUAGCAUACGAGGCGGAAGAGAAUUGAGUAUCGAUUAGAAAAGUUUUGGCGUUCGAUCCAUCUGCGUGACGUAUUCAUGUUGUCUUGUGGAUGCGGUAGUGUGGGUAGGAGAGAUCGGGGAUGAUGUAGCGGUUCGACAUCCUGGUUUUGAGAGAAUGGAGAGGGGCGGUUGGAGGACAUGGUAUUUGGUGGCUGUUGCUUGCUGUAUUCUGCUUGUUACUUGUUGCCUGUUGCAAACAAAGAAUUGGAGUUGCUUCUACGCGAG